AUGGUUGAUGAGCAGUUAGAGCAUAUUGUUCUUGUACAUUAUCGUGAUAUUAAAGAGGGUUACAAGUCUGGCAUCUCACAUUCCCCUGCAGCUCCAAUAUCCUUGGUUGGUAGCUCUCGAACAAGUUCAGCACCUUCCUCUGUCAAAAUAGAGUCACCUAUAUCUGUAUUUCAAACAUCUGUUUCAUCAAUUGUAAAUGAAGUUGAGCAGGCUGGACGACCUUCAGUGUGUGAUGAUCAGCACUCAGAGAAUGGUCCUCAAGUCUUGUCUCAUGCUCGGCCUAUUGACACUUCAAUCCUCACAAUGCACGGCUGCUUGGACAUGACGCCACUGGUUUUGCUGAGUUGAUGAGGGACCCUCUUAUUUCAUGGUCAUCUUUUCUCCCAAGCUUUUAUCCUGGCUCUGGCUUAUCAUCAUGUGCAACAAUAGAGAACACUAGUAGAACCACAGUUGAUAUGAAUGAUGGAGAACUUCAUAUAGAAGCAGAUCCCAUAAAUAAGCAUCUUCAAAAUUUCAGAGAUAGGCUCAUGACUGAUGUGUGCAUACAGCAAGUUUUAGGAAUUUUACAUGCUGUAAGUCAGGUUUAGGAAUAAAUUGCAAGCUUUGAU